GACGUUUCCUGUCCGAAUCUUCUCUCUACGUUGACCGCCACGAUCGAUCGUGAAACGGAAUCGACGACGAGAUAAUCGAGCGAAUAGAUAUAAUAUCGGAGCGACGAGUGGAGCGUGCAAACACGAAAUCCCAAAAGGAGGAGAUGAGCGGAGUCGGUUUCCUGGCGGCCGUGAAAACGUUCACGCCGGGUGGCCGCCGACGUAGACGAUGCGAGAAGCAGCAGAAGGUGCUGGAACUUCCGCCGGGAUACGCGAUGCAACCGGAUGUGGUGCCUUGCUGGGACGCUGCGCCGCCUAUCACGCCACCGGCUGCUUUCCUUCCACCUGGAUACAAGAAAGGGUUUCCAGAGCCGAAGAAGGAAAAGACUGAACAGAGUGCAAAUGGCGCGGUAUCGCCGAGCGGUGAGCCGCAACCGAAUCAGGGCACGGCUACGACCGGUAGCUUGGCGAUCUCGGCCGCGCCCCCCAAUUCAGGGGACCAGCAAAAGCCGAGCAGGCCGAACACCCUGGAAGCCAGGGUGGUGGCCAGGAGACUGAUCUUGUUCGACAUGGAGAAGGGGGUCCUAGACCAAAGCAGCGAGAACCAGCAGGUGAUCGAGAGGUGUUACCCUCUUCCGCCUCAGAACACGUUGAUGCUGUCGGAACUUCCGGAACCGCCGAUUCCGCUCAGCGAGAUCGGCCCGAUUCCACCCCCUCCGAUGUUCAGCUCCUCGAGUCCAACCCUCUUGUUGGCCAAGCAACGGCAAAUAAGAAACCCUUUGUCGUCCGACUACGAGGACGAAGAAGACGAAGAGGACUUCGACGUGGAGGAGGAGGACAACAUGUACGUGCCGAGGAUGUCGCAGCCUGAUCCGAGCAUCGACACGUCCAGGGUGGAGGAGAUCCCCGCGAAGGAGCCUAAGUUUCACGCGGUCCCUUUGAAGAGCGUUCUGAAGAAGAGGGGUUCCGGAAGUGGGCCUGGCACGCCCCAGAACACGCCCACGCAGGAGAACAGGCCGUUGACCCUUCGUCAGGAGCUGCACGCCUCCUUCAACAGUCGACCGGUUAGAUUCGGCCUUGCUCUUCCAUGCACCCUCGAGAACAAGGAGAACGCGAGGCCGUACGUGAUAAGGGAGGACGCGGAUGGUGAUUCAGGGGACGGCCAGGUGCUCUACAGGGACGAGUACGACGAUGAGAAAAGCCGGUUGGCAGCAAAGAUUGCGCGCAAGGAGUCGCUGUCCCUGAAACUCGCCCUCAGGCCAGACAGGCAGGAGCUCAUCAACAGGAACAUCCUUCAGCUGCAGACGGACAAUGAGAGGCAGGAAACGAAGGAGGCAAUUGGUGCCAAGCUCAUCAGGCGGCUGAGCAUGCGACCGACCCAGGAGGAACUGGAGGAACGAAACAUUUUGAAAAAGCAAAGUCCUGCAGAGGAGAAGAAGCAAAAAGAGGAGAAGAAGCGGUAUCUGCUUCGAAAGCUCAGCUUUCGACCGACGGUUGAGGAGCUCAAGGAGAAGAAGAUUAUCAGGUUCAACGACUACAUCGAAGUGACGCAGGCUCACGACUACGACAGAAGGGCCGACAAGCCUUGGACGCGGUUAACUCCUAAGGACAAGGCAGCCAUUAGGAAGGAGUUGAACGAGUUUAAGAGUUCGGAGAUGGCCGUUCAUGAGGACAGCCGACACCUCACCAGGUUCCAUAGGCCAUGACAAUUGCAAUGUGUUGAGGUGCUACAGUGUGGUGCGGGUAUAGGUGAAGGUGCAGUGUGGUGGCCUCGCGUCGAGGCUGGAUAAAAAAGAAAAAUUUAAAAAAAAAGAAAAAACCGCCCCCUCGGUUGAUCGUGGCUACCGAGGGGUAGUUUCACGUGCCCGGGGAGGGGGGGAGGGGUUCGGUUACAACACUUAUACUACCCGUUUUACGAUAAAUCGGGCGACGGUGGUUUCUUUUUUAUGAAAAAGUUGCUGUCGACGUCGUGUUUUCAUUCGUCGUCGUCCUCCUCUCGUCGUCAUCGUGCCCAUGCAUCGCGUCUUCUCAUCAUCCUCCACCAUCAUUCGGGUCAUCCGCCAUCCGCCCUGACGACGAACGUCUUCUCCACGACGUCGACGAAGAUUUGUGAUAUAGGGUGGCCCGUCCCAUCGAGUUUAAUUAAAACGAAAGGGGGAAAAGUAUAAGGGAGAGGAAAGGAAGGAAAAAAUAGACGAAUGAAUGAAUAAAAAUGAACGAACGAGGGAAGUCGCGUCGGGUCACUCGCUGAUUUCUUAAAAAAAAGGCUCGUUCACACCUGAGCUUAUUCCAUAAAUAAUAAAAGUUCGUCCUUUUAUCGUAUAUCGGAAAACCGUACAUUGUCCAGCAUGAAUAUCUUUUCGAGCAAUUUUGCAUUCUUUCGAUGCCAAAAGUAAAAAUAGAGAUAAAAAAAAAUAAUAAGGAUAAAAAGGGAGAAAAGAGUGGAAUAGUAUUAUUUGAAAAAUAUAGAAAAAAAGGUUAGAUAUUUCGCAAUUUAUAGAGAAUCAAAAAAAGCGUUGUUCUACUUGUAUAAUGAAUAAGACACGUAUUUUGUACGAGCGAAGUUCGCUUCGUUCAAGAACAAAAGGGUGGGAGGGAGAGGGGUUGAUCGCUCUCGUUACACUCGACGUUGACGCUCCUCCUCGUCAGCGAAACUUUGCCGAAGUCAACUCUCUCAAUAGUUUAUCGUUAAUUACACUUUUAUCGAGAUAUAUUUAAUCGAGAAAAAAAAGAAAGAGACAAAGAGAGAGAGAGAGAAAGAGAGAGAAAGAAUCGGUGAUUUGAUUAGUUAAAUACGUAGACAUUGUAAUUUAAUCGGAUUAGAUCAAAAGAGAAAAGCGUUUUCUUACGAAAGAGGAGAAGAAAAAAAAAAAAAAAGGAAAAAAUCGAGAGAAUCGAAACGUGUUUCGAUGUCUUGCACGCUUAAUGCCCCUCCCCUCGAAGCUUCCUGUCUUUGCAGCAUGUGAUCGAUAUAAAGCUCGCGUGAAUUCGCGUCGAAACCAAAUCGAAAAUUUUGGGGGAACUCGUCGAACCUAUCCUCUGUUUCGAUGAACUUCGUGUGAUCGAGAAAUGACAAAAAGAAAGAAUCGAAGUCUGAGCUGAGAUAUAUCGAAAGCGAAAUUACUAAGAUAACGAUUUUUUAAUUGUAAUUUAUUGGUAAAAUAUAUUGAAACUCGUAUCUAUUCUAUUUUAUAUUCGUACCAUUUCUAUUUUAUACUUUUCUUUUAAAAUAAUUCGAAGAUAAGAAGAUAUUAAAGUCGCGAUUCGACAAAAGAAUUAAUAAAAGAAAAUAUCAGUAAAAUAGUUAUAUCCAAUUUUUCCGGUCAAGAAAAUUUUCAAGAAUUUUAAUUUAACGUUUGGAACUCGAUCCUACGAAUCUCCAUCGAUAUCAGGAUAAUUUAAUUGUGCGAGUUUUCCGCUGCGGACGUAAGUCGUGACGGCGUGUCGAUUUUCCUUCUAAAAUAGUAACUUAGUUUUAACGAUCGUCCAAUGGGGUGAGAGGAUCGGAUGGUCGAUCUCUCUCGUAAACCCGUAGGUGAACUCAGUUGUUCGAUACUAUAAGCAAAGAAGCAAAGAAAAUUUAAAAGAGAAAAAGAAAAAAAAGAAAAAAAAACAAGAAAAAAAAGAAAAAUGGAGUAAAAAAUAAAAAAGAAUUUUUCAACUUCGCGAUCGAGAAGGUGUCGGGCAGAAUGGAGAGGACGACGGUUCAGGAGAAAGUAGGAGGGAAAUAGGGUGAAAUACGAAAACUUUCUUUAAGCUAGAACCACGGAGACGCAGGUGAUUAAAGGAACAAUGUAAGGUAGGGAGAUGAAGCGUCUCUCUCGUUCCAUUGGUCGAGCGCUGUGGCUACCGUGUAGUCGAACAAAUAUAUCCAUUAAUUUCCGGGUUGCCUGAUGCGUGUUGUAUGCAUGUGUUGACACCGUAUGCGUGAGAGUGUUUUAAUUAUAUUCGAGAGAGUAGAGAAAAUGCACGAGGGGAACGAGCGAGAGAGCAGGUCGUUGAAGAUCGAUAGUAUUUUAGAGAAGAAUUGAAAACGAAAUUUUCUUUUUUUUUUUUUUUGAGGAGGAGGAAGAGCAGGAGGAGAAGGAGGAUGAGAGUGAAAAUGGGGAAAAAAGUCGAGGAGAGAGCAUGGAACAAAUGUGAAAUUCUACUCGACGACGUUUUCUCAUUUUCCUUUCUUUACUUUUUUCUUCUAUUUCUUCUUUUUUUUUUUGUUUUUUAUUUUUUUAUAUAUAUAUGUAUUUUUUUCUUUCUUUCCCCGAAUAAUUUUUCCACCAUUUUCGUCAUAGAGGAGCCACUCUCGAGGACGGAUGAUUUUAGGAGCGUGUACAAAACACGAAAAGCGAAACAUAUAACGAUUUAAAUAAAUAUAAACGAUUGUAAAUAAUUGAACGGAGAGAAGAGACGAGGCGAUUUUUUAGGCGUGACGAAUGAUUAGGAAAAAAAAAAAGGAAAAA